AGCACGUGGGUGACACGAUGCUGACGCUCUGAGCGCAUGCGCAUUGCGAUGAAGGGAAUUUUCAACAGCUGAGGAGGCGUAACUAGCCAGGCUAACAUUUGUUUAAGUUUGGAAAUUGCUGAGAAGAACCAUUUGGUUAAAAUUGACUUUUCCAAAUGAGUGACCUCAAACUCUACAAAUACUGAAGCAAAGGAGGGACUCCAUAAAUCCAACUUUGAAUUACCAGAGAGCAAAUCUCCUCCUUGCUGUCUGUGUGACACAGACCUAUUUGUCUUGAAACAAGUUGUUCUUUGAGAUUAAGAAGAGAUGCCCAGACAAAGACGACCAUAUAGGCUGCUGCCUUGCUCCGCCAACUGAUAGCUACCAAAAACACAGGUUUUUUGUGGUUAGAGGAUGGGCUAUUGAGUCUAUCUGCUCCUCUCUCUCUCCAGAACAUUGGAAUUUAGUGUGUGCCAAUGUGCACGGUAAAUUAUGCUCACCUAAAAUGGUGCUUGAAUGCGGCAUCCCCAAUCGAGGCGUGCCUGAAGAGCUGAGGGUCUCUCUGGUAUCUGAAUGAUUGUCUGUUCCAAAUAAUGGAUGCCAAGUUGAGAGAGGACCUGUUCCGGAGGUAUGUGACUGCACUGGAAAGGCGUCCGGAGGGGGGAUAUACGGGAGCUGGAAGUACGUUGGAGGGAGACAAAAGCAGGCACAAGGACAGCGAGGCACUACUCUCCACAGCGACAGCUCUGCUCGGAGCCUAUCAGCCAGACCCUGGACAUCGAUUUCGCAUGGUCCGUUUCUACGAGAUGGUGGAGAACUCGCUCCGAUGCCAGAGAGGAGGCAACCUUAAGAGCCUGGAGAGGGCCUUUCACACACUGGAAACCAUCUGCACCAACCUCCUGCUCUUUCCUUGGAAGAAAGAGUUUCGAUGUAUAAAGACCUUCACAGGCCCUUAUGUGUACCACCUGCAGUCUGCCAUUUCUGAUGCUGAACUCCGAACGCUAAUGCGUACCAUUGGAUAUACCUGUGACCAUGAUUCGCAAUUCCGUUUGUUGGACCACCCAGGGGACAGCAGUCAUCUCCGCCAGUUAGCCUUCGAGCUGUUCCUGGCCCAGGCAGAGUGUCGUCUUCUAGGGGAGGUGGUGGCUCUCGCCCGCGGUUCCGCCUCGGAGCUGGAAGCUCUGGAGCUCCGCCGGGGUUGUAGAGAUGAUGCAGCUGGCUGCGCUGAGGCGCUGCGCAGACGAGACAGCCUCGGGGCAGAUAUCGCUCGGUUGUCUGUUCGACCAUUGGAUAUAGAAAGGCCUCAUGCCCACCACCUGAGACGAGGAAGCCGACCGUCCAAGUCUGUGGAUGUUACAGAUGGAGCAGGUCAUUGGCACCCAGCAGUCAACAAGCCUAUCCUGAAGGCGUCUCUGAGUCUAAGGAAGGAGCCUCUGUUUGUGGACACAGAGGAAGACAUGAAGGACGAGAUCAUCAGGCCCAACACCUCUGCAUCUUUUUUCUCUAUCGCAGCUCCACCUGCCUACAGCCCUGUUGCAGACUUUUUCCCCAUGCAGUCGCCUCCUGCAGUUGACCCCUACACGUCCUACCACAUGUCCUCCUUAGAUGACAUUGACUUGUACACAGAGAGAGGUGGUGUCGGGACGGGAGGAAGGCAAACUCCGUCUCGACCGCCAUCCAGAGAGCCGCGUGAUGCCAGAGAUGGCUGGCUUCUCAAAGCUCAUGGUAGUGUGAAGUGUCAGGGUUGUGGACUGGGAUGCUCCACAAUGGCAUCCUGUCAGAGGUGUGACAUGAUUCUUUGCUCCGCCUGCCACGAUAUAGAUCCGUCCCCCUGUUGUGGCCUCCAGGACUACCACUCGAAAUCCCCACGCCCCCUUGACGGAUACAUUCCCGUGAAGGAAAAGCUGUCGGUCUACUCUAACGCCCAGUCUCAUCCCCAUCUCCAUCCACACCCUCUAACCCUGACCCAUUCUCAUUCUCAUCCCCAUCCUCACCCCCAGAUGUUGGAAAAACCCCUCAUGCCCACCAAACUGUUUCCAAGCAAGUCGGUUGCUAUGACAACACCAAAGGCAGGGAGCACGGAGCGCAUAAGUAUUGGGGGGUCACGAUGUGGGUUUUGCAACAAGCCAGGCGCAUCACACACCUGCGUAAAUUGCUCCAAGGUGUCGUGUGACUCUUGCAUGGGCUUGUAUGCGAAAGAUGUGUGCACACGAAAGAAUCCUCAGCACAACUUUGUGCCCAACCAUCAGCUCAACUUUAAAUCUGGCACCAUAUCACACCUAGUGUAUCGAUGAAGCAGGCAGGUGGAAUAAUCCCCUUCAGUACAAUCCCUUAACAUUUAAUGCCGUUUUGCACUAUUGCUUUAAGCUUGGCUUACAUAGUUCAUUCUCUGGUUUCUGUUUUUAUCUGGUGGUUUCUUCUCCAACUUGUGCAUUCUCACUCGCUGACAGUAGACCCAUGGAAUGCACAUGCCACAGAGCCAUGUCAUUAACCCAGCUCUCCGCUAGGCAUGGGCCGGUGUGAGAUUCUCAUGCUGUGAUGAUCUGUCAUGGUAUACACGCAUCAUGAUAGAGCGCACACAGAAAAUGAAAACAGUAAAAUAUUAAAAUAAAUUAAAACUGAAGCAUUAGUUCUUCCCAAUGUGGCUAAAAAUAAUGAGACAUUGAUCAUUAUAGAUAUAUCUUUACAUUUAUUUUUACACUUGUUAAAUUUUUGAGUAGUUUUUAAGUGUUGACUGUGCAGAAUACAAUAUUUUUACAGUUCUGCUCUUUAGAGUGACAAAACUAGUCAGGCCACCGGCAGGUGGGUCCAGCUCCUUAAUGGGAAUGUCACAGUUAAUAUGGUGCUAGCAUACGGUGAAAAUGAAAGGGGUCCACUGCACUACUCCAUGCCCUGUGGCAUCUCAUUAUAGGAACUUUAUUAUAAAAUGUAACUUUGAAUUUACCAUUGGGAUUAAUAAAGUAUUUUGAACUGAAAUUUGAAUUUAAUAUGAAGGAACAGAAUGAGGGAAAUCUUUUUUUUUUUCCUCAUAGAUUUGAAAUGUCCAUUCUGUAACACCGUCUUAUACCUCAGUACCUAUAACUGGCCCAUGCCUACUCUGCCUUGUAAAGCUGUAAGCCUUUUCUCUAUUUAUUGGUUUUACCAGAUGACGUGCUUUUCAGACAUCCUGCGUUGACGUUGCGCUUCCCACUGUUCUUAGUUUUUUUUUACUCUCCACAUGGUGAUAACUGGACAAAUUAGUUAAACUUCAUCUCAUUUUAAUCAAAUCUGCCCUGACGAACAUUAUACACUUUGCCUAACUUCUCAGCUAAAAAUUAUUCUAAUAUAUUAAUAUAUAUACAUAAAUAGAUACAGUAUAUAUGUAUGUAUGAGUGUGUGUAUGUAUGUGUAGAAAAGACCUGAGCUUGCCUAAUAUUUAAAGGUAAUGUUUUAGAAAACUUGAAAAAUGUUGGGGGGGGAAAAAAAAAAAAAAAGUAAACACACUGGAAGUCAGUAACUCUCUGUUCUCUAGGACUAUGUGAGACUGUUAAAUGGGCAUGAGGUCUGGCAUUUUCUGGAUGUACAUCUUACAUAUGUUGAUAUGGGGUAGAAGAUAUCCUGAAGAGACAUAUGUUCUAUUUAAAAUAUUACGCCUUGUAAAUUUACCCUGAAAUAUUUGUAAUUUUCUUUCUUUGGCUCAGUUUUAAACGCUGCUGUGAACUCGAGAUGUUAAAGAUGAUUUCCGUCAGACCGAUGGUGUCAGUUCCAGGCCUCGUCCCUCUCAUUACUUCCCACAAACCCCACAUGAUUCAUGAUGCCUCCUCCACAAAUUAGUGAUUCUCGUUCAGCUUCAAGUGGGGUCACAGGAAACCUUGUAAUGCUUGUAAACAAGUCUGGUGACUAACAAACAUAAAACUGUUGGUUGGUUUUUGGCAGUAUGAAGAUUUAUGCUCCUCAAUGGUUUCUGUCUACCUCAAUUCACAUCAGCUUACACCCAGUUUGACAUUGUGGAUUAAAACUAGCCUCAAUAUUCAGAGGAAAAAAAAAAAUAAACGGAACAAAGCAUUUAAUUAACAAGUUGUCUGUGUUUAAAAGGUGGUGCGGUAACCUCAGAAAACCAUCCAAAUGUAUUAUAAAAUGGAAUCAGGUUUAGAUGUUUAUUUAGUGAAGGGGGAAUUGUGUAGAAUAUUCUUGUUACAAAUACUUGACUCCAUUUAAUAAGUAGCAAAACCAAUUUUAAUUUGAAAUUUCUACUUUUCCUUACUUAACUGGGCUACAUUUAUGUUUUUCUCUCUUGGUUGGAUAGGCAAAAGACAGAAACCACUUAUGUUGCAGUUCAGCUCAGCACUGAUAACCAGCUCAGAGUCUCAUAAUUAAUUUAGACUUUAUUGCUUUCUAUUAUAGAAGUAUUUAACGUUAAUAGCUUUUCAAAGCAGACAUUUGCUACACUACUUUUUGGGGAUGCACCAAUCAAUGAGGUCAGAGUUUAGAUCUGGAUACGUUUCCCUCGAUGUGCUGUGAAGGAUGAUCGGUUGGAUAAUUCAGUGUACAAAUGCAUCAGCAAUCAGCACGUAGCUUGAUGCACUCAAUACAAAUUAAAGAUCGAGGGUUAAUGUUUUAUUUCCAUUAUUUGCAAAGCUACAGCUGCUGUCAAAGAAGCUAUUGCACAUUUUGUUUUUGUUGCUGUGCAGAAAAAAAAUAAAAUAAAAA